UGAACUCGUAAUUUUUACUAUCAAGAUUUCGACUCUGAAGAUAUAAUACUGAUAAAAGAGUAGGCACGUUGUGCUUUUUUCUAGACAAUCUAGGAUAGCACAUAGUUUUGGUGACUUCAUUUUGUCUAUAAAAGAAUGGUUGCAACACAUCCAUAGGUACUCUCAUAAUCAUGGCUAAGUUCAACACCAUCCAAGCCCUAAUUCUUGUGCUCAAUUUGGGGAUUUUGCAUCUCUCUCUAGCAUGCCCAUAUUGUCCAUACCCAAGUCCUUCAAGACCUCCCAAGCUGCCACCCAAACGCCCACCAAAGAUCAAGCCUCCGGCCGCCAAGCCGCCGCCUUCCACCUCCAAACCACCACCGUGCCCACCGCCGCAUCGGCCGAAACCUCCACCCCACAUUCCCAAACCUCCAUCUCAUACACCUAAAGCACCACCACAUGUGCCUAAGCCACCCACUCUCCACCCUCCGAAACACCCGAAACCACCUUCGCACGCGCCUAAACCACCCGUCGUCCACCCUCCGCCCACUCAUCCGUCGCCCCACUACCCCAAACCACCCGUCGUCCACCCCCCGAUCAUCCCUAAACCGCCACCCCACUACCCUAAACCGCCCGUCGUCCACCCCCCGACCAUCCCUAAACCGCCACCCCACUACCCUAAACCGCCCGUCGUCCACCCCCCGACCAUCCCUAAACCGCCACCCCACUACCCUAAACCGCCCGUCGUCCACCCCCCGACCAUCCCUAAACCGCCUCCCCACGAGCCCGAACCGCCCGUCGUCCACCCCCCGACCAUCCCUAAACCGCCUCCCCACGAGCCCGAACCACCCGUCGUCCACCCACCGAUCAUCCCCAAACCACCACCCCACGGCCCGAAACCACCGGUCAUCCAACCCCCGGUCAUCCCCAAACCGCCUCCCCACGAGCCCGAACCACCGGUCGUCUACCCCCCGAUCAUCCCCAAACCGCCACCCCACGAGCCCGAACCACCCGUUGUCACCCCGAACCCGCCCCCACCGAUCACUCCCAUCACCCCACCACCCGGAACCCCAUGCCCGCCGCCGCCACCGCUACCGCCGCCACCGGAAGGGCAAGGCACGUGCCCCACACUAAAACUAGAUGCAUGUGUGGAUGUAUUGGGUGGGCUAAUCCACAUAGGCAUCGGCAGCAGCGCCAAAGAUGCAUGCUGCCCAGUUCUUAGUGGGCUGCUAGACUUAGACGCAGCACUCUGCCUUUGCACCACCAUUAAAGCUAAGCUUCUCAACAUCAACAUCAUCAUUCCCAUUGCUCUUCAACUCCUCAUCGAUUGUGGAAAAACCCCACCUUCUGACUUCCAAUGCUCUGCUUGAACUUCUAUGUUACUUUUACUCAUGCAAGAAAAAAAAAAGGAGAAUGAGUUUCCUAUGUUGUGUUAGGGAUUAUCUUUUUUUUUGUUUACUUUUUUUAUGAGUUUGAAUUGUAAUAUUUCAGUUUCUGAGUACUACUCUUUGUUGAAUAAUUGUUGCAGCAAUU